GCCUACGCCGGUGGCGUAGCGCUGUCGCUGGCUGGCCGCUGCCCGCGGAGUGGUGAGAGGAGGCGAGAGGCGGCGUGAGGAGAGCGGGGCCGGGGGCGCCGCCAUGGGGAGGCGGCCGCGGGGCAGCGGCAGCGCGGCCCGGCGCUGAGAGCCCGCGGAGCCGGGAGAGCCAGGAGCCGCGCUGGGAGGACCCUCUCCGCGGGAUGUGCUCUCCACCAAAGAGCUCCCUGUGACGGGCAACGAUGACAAUCCCGGCGGGACCUUGGGAAGCACUAACAUUUCAGUAACCCAGCACCCGUGGGUGGCCGCUCAUCCCUCCUCCUCCACACCCCGCCCUCCCACCGCUCACCGUGAUGGUGUAUUAACCGAGAAGAACUCUGCUUCUUUGCUCCUCACCCCUCAACUUUUGGCAGCUCUGGGAUUUGUAUGGCAGCAGCGUAACCGUGGAGAGGCCGGGGUAUCACAAACUUAUGGAUUUUGAUAAGAGAGGAGGGAAAGGGGAGCUGGAGGAAGGUAAAAGGAUGUCCAAGACAGGUGGAGGAAGGAGCAGUCAUGGAAGCCGGAGCGCUGGAACCAACUCGGGAGUCUUAAUGGUGGGUCCCAACUUCCGGGUCGGCAAGAAGAUUGGAUGCGGCAAUUUCGGGGAGCUCCGUCUAGGAAAGAACCUCUACACGAAUGAAUACGUAGCUAUCAAAUUGGAACCCAUAAAAUCCCGGGCCCCCCAGCUGCACCUGGAGUAUCGGUUCUACAAACAGCUCGGCAAUGCAGAAGGAAUUCCUCAGGUUUACUACUUUGGCCCCUGCGGGAAGUACAACGCCAUGGUGUUGGAGCUGCUGGGACCCAGCCUAGAAGAUCUCUUUGACCUGUGUGAUCGGACCUUCACGCUCAAGACCGUCCUGAUGAUCGCGAUCCAGCUGAUCACACGGAUGGAAUAUGUCCACACCAAAAGCCUGAUCUACAGAGAUGUCAAGCCAGAGAACUUUCUGGUGGGGCGGCCAGGCAGCAAGCGGCAGCACACCAUCCACAUCAUCGAUUUUGGCCUGGCCAAAGAGUAUAUUGACCCCGAGACCAAAAAACACAUCCCCUACCGAGAGCACAAGAGCCUGACAGGGACAGCACGCUACAUGAGCAUCAACACCCACCUCGGAAAAGAACAAAGCCGCAGGGACGACCUGGAAGCGUUAGGGCACAUGUUUAUGUAUUUCCUCCGUGGGAGCUUGCCUUGGCAAGGCCUCAAGGCUGACACACUAAAGGAGAGGUACCAGAAGAUCGGUGACACCAAAAGAGCCACUCCGGUUGAGGUGCUCUGUGAGAACUUCCCAGAGGAGAUGGCCACCUACCUGCGCUACGUGCGGCGGCUGGAUUUCUUCGAGAAGCCGGACUAUGAUUACCUGCGGAAGCUCUUCACAGACUUGUUCGAGAGGAACGGUUACGUGUUCGACUACGAAUACGACUGGGCAGGAAAACCGCUGCCCACCCCCAUCGGCACGAUGCACAGCGAGGUGCAGGUGCAGCCCCCGAACAGAGACAAAGCACAGCCACACACCAAACACCAGGUGAUGAGCUCCACCAACGGCGAGCUGAACACGGACGACCCGACGGCAGGACAUUCGAACGCCCCCAUCACAGCCCCCACCGAGGUGGAGGUGACAGACGAUACAAAGUGCUGCUGUUUCUUCAAGAGAAGGAAGAGGAAAACCACCAAGCGUCGCAAGUGAGCCGCGGGCCGGGUGGAGCGGUGUGCCAUGGCUCCUCUCCCUCCGGCCGGGCUGGACCGUGACCGCGGAGCCGCCGGCCCCUCGGUUUGGCCGGGGCCGGGGGGGCCGAGCCGGACGGCCGCCCCCAGCGCCCCAGGCGCAGGAGGGGAGCGGGGCCUCCCCACACUGCUUGUCCUUCCCUCCGCCGCCCCCCCGGCGGGGCCGUUCACGCGAACCGAGCCCGACUUCACAAGUCCUGCGUCCGUCAAAAAGAACAGAAAAAAGACCCCGAACCAAGUCCCCAGCGCCACUCGGCUCCGGGUCCGACGGCUGCACACGGGGAUCAGCUCCACAGCCUCGGCGCCGCCGCAGCCGAAGGAGCGGAAACAGAUUCACAAAGAGCAGUGGGCUGAGGAGGAAUUUAUUUUUCUGUUGCUUCUUUGUCUCUAAGUUAAUUUAAAGUGAGUCUGGGUGCA